AUGGGAUCGAAUAAACAACUACCAACCUUGAAAUGGGGGAUUAUAGGAACCGGGUUGAUUAGCACUUGGUUUGUAAGAGAUAUUUUGCUCAAUAGAGAGGACGCUAAAGGAAUUCAUGAAAUUCAUGCAAUUGGUUCUUCUAAUGAAUUGAAAGGGAACGAUUUUGUUAACAAAUUUGACAAAUUACAAAGGAACAGACCAUUUAUUGGAUCAUAUGAUGAAGUUUAUGCAAGACAGGACGUUGACAUCAUUUAUAUUGGCUUGCCGCAUGUAUUUCAUAAGGAACAAGCUUUGAAGGCCAUUGAUCAGGGAAAGCAUGUCCUAGUAGAAAAACCAGCUACUAUUAAUGCUAAAGACUUUGAAGUGCUAAUCAAAGCAGCUAAAUCUAAGAAUGUGUUCUUGAUGGAAGGUGUCUGGGUAAGAUUUAAGCCCAUUAUAUUGGAACUACAACACUUGAUUAUGAAAGAAAAAAUAAUUGGUGAUGUGUAUAGAAUGUUUGCGGAUUUUGGAAUUGAUAAAAAGUUGGACAACUUAUCCGAUAAUUCCAGAUUGAAAAAUGCUAAUCUUGGUGCUGGUUCUCUUUUAGAUAUUGGAAUUUAUCCUUUGACGUACGCAAGAUUAUUUCUUGAUGAAAGAUUAGGUGAUAAUCACAAGAAAUUUGACGUUGUUGGAUUACAAACCCUCAGGAAUAACAUAGACAGCAUGUCGAGUGCAGUGCUCAAAUAUGAAGAUGGCAAGCAAGCAAUUAUUACAUCAACUAUGUAUAACAAUUCGCAGGAGAAUUUUGUCAAGAUCGAUGGUGAACUUGGAUCGAUCGAAAUAGGCGGAAUUGGUGGAUCAAUGCCUACGAAAUAUAAAAUCACCUUCAAGAAUAAAGAAUCCAAACCAAUUGAAAAGGAAUUUCCAUCUCAGGGUGACUAUGGAUUAGGAUUUCAGUACGAGGCAGAUGCUAUCGCAGAGGAUAUUUCACAAGGGAAAAUCCAAAAUGAUCUUCUUCCCUUGGAUGAGAGUUUAUUGAUUCUCAGGACUUUAGACGAAAUCAGAAGACAAGGGGGCCUUAUUUAUCCUCAAGAAACUUAA